AUGUAAAUACAGUUUGGAAUAUCACAGCUGCAUUGUUACGUUGUUUCAGAGAAGAUCAAAGAGAGGAUCAUAUAGGCGACAGCCAUCAGGUGGUGAUGGAGGAGGAGCGUAUGCUGGAGAAUGGAAAAGAAGCUCUGCUCCAGCUGUCCAUGAACGACAUCACAAAGCUUCACCACCAAGUGUGUGAGCUCAGGAAGACAGUCAGUCUGCUGGAGACCAAGCUCAGCCAUGCCUUAAACACCAGCACAGAGGAGAAGAACGCCCCCUUGUUGUGCUCGGUGUGUAAAGCGGACCUAAACCCCGACCCGCAGGAAGCGGGUGCUGAAGCCGAAGCCGGAGUUGCUUCUGUAUCCACACAGACGAGCACCAGCGUGAAGGAGAAGCAGAAGCCACAGCAGGAGAGUGAAGAGGACAAACCCAGCCCCUGCUCACUGUACACCGAACCAAACCCCUCAGAGAGCCGUCAGUGUAACGGUGCAGGGCGGGACGCUGUACACACUCCGCUCAUGAUGUGUUCGGUCAGACAGGUGGACUGCAAAACGGAAACGGAGCUGAACGGAACAAAUGUAAACAACACGCAGGAGUACAAACUGGACGAUGGACUCAUUAGACCUGAAGAUCUCGAGGAAUCCGAGGAACCUGAAUUAGAUCCUGACGAUGAUGACUUUUGUCCUUCAGGUGGUGAGUCUUUUGAUGAAGAAUACAAGUCGGUUAAACAGAAGAGGAAGAAGAGGGACCCUGGGUGUAAAAACACUGUCCCCUGCACAGUUUGUGGACAGGAGCUGAGGUCCGAAGUCUUCUUGACCAAACACAUGAAGAUGCACGAGAAUCACGCCAACGCAAAGCUGCUCAGACCUCACGUCUGUCCUGUGUGCUCUAAAGGAUACCCAACACGCCGGGGCCUGAAGGUCCACGAGAAGUCCCACAGUGGAGAGAAGCCCUUCUGCUGUGAGUUGUGUGGGAGUAGCUUCACCACCAAGGGAAACCUGAAGUGCCAUCAGAGCAUCCACACGGGGCAGCGGCAGUACCAGUGCUCCUACUGCGAGAAGUGCUUCUAUCACAAAACACACCUGAGGAAGCACGAACGGGUGCACACCAAGGAGAAGCCGUACCUGUGCUCGUACUGCAACAAGGGCUUCUCCACGGUCACCGCCAUGAAGCAGCACCAGCGUGUUCACACGGGCGAAAAGCCGUACCCGUGCUCCUACUGCGAGAUGAUGUUCGGGCAGAAGGUGAACCGGGACCGACACGAGCGGAUACACACGGGCGAGAAGCCGUACCUCUGCGACCACUGCGGUAAGGGCUUCUCGGACCCGAAGCACUUCUCCACGCACAAGCAGAUUCACAGCGGAGAGAGCCGCGAGAGGCCGUUCCAGUGCUCCUUCUGCGGGAAGAGCUUCUACCAUCGCAUCAACCUGAAGCAGCACGAGCGCGUUCACACUCAGGAGAGACCCUACAGCUGCUCGCACUGCGACAAGACCUUCGCCCGGCCCGACGUCCUCAAGACGCACCUGCGCAUUCACACCAAAGAGAAACCGUACCAAUGCAGCAUCUGCGAUCAGAGCUUCGCCUAUCUGGGCAGCUUCAGGGCGCAUCAGAGGAAUCACUGCAAGGAGGAACCGAGGCCCAGCAGCCUGCCGGAGAUCUCCACGCCGGCCGGACCCGACGGUGGAUUCUAACAGUGAGCGUAAGCUCCCACAGACCAGGCCGGUGGCUCGGCUGAGACUUGAACUCGGGUCUCGGAGACAGAAGACUGCAGUAGAUGUGAAUUAGUGUGAACAUCCCACAGUACUGGGACAGUACACAGUCUGAGCAAUUGAGGGUUAAGGGCCUCACUCAAGGGCCCAACAGUGGCGACCUGGCAGUGGUAGGACCUGUACCAGCGACCUUUCGAUUACCAGUCCAGUACCUUAACCAUUAGGCUACACCUGCCCUAAAAUAUGGAAUUCAACCAGGGAUGUCCAGAUGUUUCUAAACAUAGUAAAUACUAUAGUAUAUAAUUCACAUCCUUAAUAUUACAGUUCAACUUUAAUACUGUGAAUAAAGGCAGCGGUUUGAUUAAACACUUUUAUUUUCAUGUUCGUGACUCUGAACAUCAGAAUCCUGAGUUACAUAUCAGUAAUAUAAUAGAGCUCGUUAGAUUUAUCGUCGCACCGUUUCUAAAAUCAUCGUGUUCUGUGGUUGUGUUCAUUCCGAGUGAUUAAUAUUAUUAUAGAUCUUUAUUAGUUCUGAUGUGUGCUUGAUGUGAUAUUUCAUGGAAAUGGAAUAAUAUUUA